AUGAUAAUACUUACAGCAACUAUGGGAACUAAAUUAUCCGUAUCAUUGGAAGGCGCAACCUCUCCAGAAACCGCUCCACGAGUCGAUCGUCCACCAACUUUCGAUCCACAAUACGGUUUCGAAAAACCACGAAAAGUUCGAGAGAUGAAGGCGACUUGGGAGGAAAUGGAACAAUGGAAAUUGAAGCCGGCGCAACGCGAUUAUUGUGCACAUCAUUUGAUUGCUUUGAUGAAGUGUCAGACACAAAAUGCGCCAUUUGCUGGACACGCUUGUGAUGGAGAAAGAGGAGCAUGGGAUAAAUGCGAAUAUGAUGAUCAUAUUAGCAGAAUUAAGGUACAUAUUUGUAGGAAGAGCAAGGGUUUGAGAUGGAAAAUUCAUGUUAUGACGUGGCAAAGCGGGCCAAAUCUCUCUAAUCGUUUUUGCCACGUCAUUACUAAGUUCAAUAGUUUUCUACCUGCGUUUUCUACCAAAAACUACCGAGCUAAACUCUGAAUAUGAGCUAAGACGUGGCAAAUCUUGAAAAUCAGGACGAAAGAGUGAUAUAUCUAACUUUAUUUUCUCAAUUUUUCCAGGAAUUCGAACGCGAACGACGACUUCUUCAAAGACAAGCCCGCAAAGAAGUUUCAGCCUAA